AUGCCCUUCUUAGCGCUGAACUUUAAUGUUCCCGUUGCGGGCAGCACUGCUUCACGGUUUAUUCCCCAACGAAAAUGCGUUGAGCCAGGUGAUGUUGACCUCUUCGCCUCUGAGUCUACCAUCCUUCCGGACAAAACCUUCAACAUUUCUCGCGCCCUCUCCUCCACUCGAUUUGAAGCUGACCCUGCUCAGGAUUCCUCCAUGGCCAUCCGUUCAGAGCGUUCGUUGUGGAAUGAUACGCCCGGCUCUUUGCUCUUUAGUCAAAAGCAGCCCUCUAUUUGUCCAGGUGGCACAUUGACGUCAACGACAAUGCUACUGUCAGAACCAGAUGACGGUGAUGUUACUUUCCCGGCUGACACACAGGAAACCGUGCUUUUAACUACCCAGACGCAGGUCCCCGUCGAUUCUACGUUACAGCUUGCCGAGGAUACACAAAAGCUAGAUGAGGCAGAGUCCACCACACUCCAAAAUGGUUCAACGUCUGCCACUCAUGCCUCAAGUAUACCAUCUUCAACUGUCACUCCGAAUAAGCGUGGAACUGACCCCGAGGACGUGCCUACUUCCUCGGCCGAGAAAAUCACAACAGACAAUCUCUUUAAUUUAAACCAAACUACAGUGAACGACUCCUCACCUGUCGCCGACGCUCCUGAUGUUUCUCCCGGAGAAGAAGAGGCGCUGUCAACACUUCCACUAGAUUCUACGAAACCCCUGGAGUUGGGCUCCACCUCUACCAUUGAAAAACGUCGAAGGCUACGCAUGGGUGGAGACGAGGAUUACGAUGAUGAUUUGACUGUUUCCAGGGAAGACGCUGACACCAAACUAACGAAACCCCGUCCCCAAAGUCCACCCUUGCAGGAGAAGAAGAUAGUGCCACCUCCUAUCAAAAAGGAACCCUCGGAGACAAAAGCAGACGUAAAGUCACCCCUCAAAGCUGCGUUAGACUUCAUUUCAACCUUCGAACAGGGUGAGGACCCCGAUGAGGACGAAGAAGAAGUGGAAGAUGAGGGCACAGAUGGCGAACUUGAGGAAGAGCCCAAGGAGUCAGAUUACGCCACCUCGGAAUCAGAUGAAAAGGAGGGUGAGGUCCAAGAUCUCUCGGGAUCAGAUUUGGAGGAAGCCUAUCUUCUAGACAAAGCAUCUCGUCCGGAGAAAAAACGGCCGACAAAGUUUGAUCCAAAGGCAUUUUUGGAAGAAGAGGCCGAACUCUCUGGUGACGAAGUUGAGCGCGCCCAGUUUGCUGAUGAGGAGGAUACCGAUUCCGAUGCUGGAAGCCUGAAGGACUUUGUCGAUGAGGCGGAAGAAGAUGCGGCUGGCAAACUGCGUCGCCAAGUAGAGCGUAUACACAUGCGAAUGCAAGAGGACGAAGACCAGCGUGAAGUUCGCUACCUCAAGGAAUUAUUUCUUGAAGAUGGAGAACUUUUUGACGAGAAGGGGAAGGUUCGGGAACGUAGAUUCCGUUGGCGAGGACUUGAGAACGCUGACCCUCUGUUAGACAAUCAAGUUGAUAUGGACGCGACGGAUGACGAGAAGGAGGACGCCGACGAUGUGGCCAGCCGCUGGCUAUCCGGCGGUGCUGGUGUGAUGAGUCGCUGGCUGUUGCACGGUGCCGCUCCG